AUGGCCUCUCAUCCUCCCGGCAGUUGUUGCUACAAAGGCGUCAGACAUGAGGGUACUCCUCAAGGAAAGAUCUCGAAGCUCGGCGAUUUUGAGGUCUACACCGUUGGCGAGCCAAGCGAAUAUGGUGUUCUGAUCAUCACCGACGUCAUCGGCCACAAGUUCAACAACGUUCAGCUCAUCGCUGACCAGUUUGCCGCCAAUGGCUACUUCGUCAUGAUGCCCGACCUAUUUGACGGGAACCCAAUCACGCUCAACCGCCCUGAAGGCUUCGAUAUCAUGAAGUGGCUUGGCGGCGAGUAUCAUCCCAACAAGCGUGCUCAUGAUCCUCCUCAUGUCGAUCCGAUCAUCGACAGCUGUAUCAUCGAGUUGCGUCAGAAGCAUGGGAUCAAGAAACUUGGUGCUGUCGGCUACUGCUUCGGCGGCAAGUACGUCGUCCGCCACCUCCUCCCCGACUCCGGCAAAUUCGACGCCGGCUACACCGCCCACCCCUCCUUCGUCGAAGAGGCCGAACUCAAGGACAUGCGCGGCCCGCUAUCGAUCGCCGCCGCCGAAACCGACACCAUCUUCCCCACGGAGAAACGCCACCAAACGGAAGAAAUCCUCAAGGAGUCCAAAUUGCGCUACCAAAUCAAUCUGUACAGCGGUGUAGAGCACGGCUUUGCGGUCAGGGGCGAUCCGGAGAAGCGGGAGGUGCAGUAUGCCAAGGAGGCGGCGUUCUUGCAGGCCGUGCAGUGGUUUGAUGAGUUUUUGAAGGGGGAGAGCUUGAGGCGAAGUAAGUGA